AUGGAAUUUCUGAAGACUGUAUUUCAGUCUCAGGAUGUGCUCGUUAAAGGCCUGGUAAGAGAACCACGACUUCUCAUUUGUAACUCGGAGAAGACCCUGAAGCCCUCGCUUGCUUUUUGGAAAGGAUGGGGUUUUUGUGGGGCGGAGCUCGUCAACUUCUUAAAGGUGAAUCCGGCUGUUCUCUUACAUACGUCUCUAACGCCAGCACGCGUCGAUCUCAUUCACAAAAUUUUUCCCGACAAUAAAGGCAAAAUGUUCAAAUAUAUUGUAAAUGCAGCGACUAUUAGCUGCAUGGAAACGUUAGAGGCCAAGAUAGAGAAUCUCAAACUCUGCGGGCUGUCGACUGAAGAAACUUGGCAACUACUUCGAGCUAGCCCUCAUGUCAUUUUUCGCUCCAAGGAAGAUGUUAGCGAAAAGAUGAGUAUACUAGUUAAUAAGAUGGAGCUUCCUGCAACUUAUGUAAUGCAGCACCCUAGAUUGUUGAAUAUCAGUUUGGAAAAGACUAUGAAGCCCAGGUGUGUGGUUUGGCAGAAAAUCAAAUCCAUCGAUGACUCUGAUCUCUCUCUUUCGAGGGUAUUGAGCAUGCCAGAGGCAAGGUUUGUAAGAAAAAUUAUAAAAGGGCAUCCUGAAUCUAAAACACUGUUGAAAAUUUAUGAAAACGCCAUCUCUGAUGCCUCCAAUUGCAAAAAGAGCUCAACGAAAGCAUAA